AUGCCCCCGGGGCCCGGACGCAGCGCCCUUCUCGGGGUGCAGGGACCCCAGCUGCCCGCACCCCCCGACCCCAGCUGCCCGCACCCCCGACCCCUGCUGUCCGCACCCCCCGACCCCAGGUGCCCGCACCCCCUCGACCCCAGCUGCCCACACCCCCCGACCCCAGCGGCCCGCAACCCCCCGACCCCAGGUGCCCGCACCCCCCGACCCCAGCUGCCCGCACCUCCCCGACCCCUGCUGUCCGCAUCCCCCGACCCUAGGUGCCCGCACCCCCCGACCCCAGCAGCCCGCACCGCCUCGACCCCAGCUGCCCGCACCCCCCGACCCCAGGUGCCCGCACCCCCCGACCCCAGCUGCCCGCACCCCCGACCCCUGCUGUCCGCACCCCCCGACCCCAGGUGCCCGCACCCCCCGACCCCAGCAGCCCGCACCCCCCGACCCCAGCUGUCCGCACCCCCCCGACCCCAGGUGCCCGCACCCCCCGACCCCAGCUGCCCGCACCGCCUCGACCCCAGCUGCCCGCACCCCCCGACCCCAGGUGCCCGCACCCCCUCGACCCCAGCUGCCCGCACCCCCUCGACCCCAGCUGCCCGCACCCCCGACCCCAGCUGCCCGCACCCCCUGACCCCAGCUGCCCGCACCCCCGACCCCUGCUGUCCGCACCCCCCGACCCCAGGUGCCCGCACCCCCCGACCCCAGCAGCCCGCACCCCCUGACCCCAGCUGUCCGCACCCCCCGACCCCAGCUGCCCGCACCCCCCGACCCCAGCUGCCCGCACCCCCGACCCCUGCUGUCCGCACCCCCCGACCCCAGGUGCCCGCACCCCCCGACCCCAGCAGCCCGCACCCCCCGACCCCAGCUGCCCGCACCCCCCGACCCCAGCAGCCCGCACCCCCUGACCCCAGCUGUCCGCACCCCCCGACCCCAGCUGCCCGCACCCCCCGACCCCUGCUGUCCGCACCCCCCGACCCCAGCUGCCCGCACCCCCCGACCCCAGCAGCCCGCACCCCCCGACCCCAGCUGUCCGCACCCCCCGACCCCAGCUGCCCGCACCCCCUGACCCCAGCUGCCCGCACCCCCGACCCCUGCUGUCCGCACCCCCCGACCCCAGGUGCCCGCACCCCCCGACCCCAGCAGCCCGCACCCCCCGACCCCAGCUGUCCGCACCCCCCGACCCCAGGUGCCCGCACCCCCCGACCCCAGCUGCCCGCACCCCCCGACCCCAGGUGCCCGCACCCCCUCGACCCCAGCUGCCCGCACCCCCGACCCCAGCUGCCCGCACCCCCCGACCCCAGCUGCCCGCACCCCCGACCCCGGCUGUCCGCAUCCCGCCGACCCCUGCUGCCUGCACCCCCGACCCCAGCUGCCCGCACCCCCCGACCCCAGCUGCCCGCACCCCCGACCCCUGCUGUCCGCAUCCCGCCGACCCCUGCUGCCCGCACCCCAGCCCCGAGCCCGGCCUCUGCUGCCCUGCAGCGCCCCUUCCGUGACACGCAUGCAGAGGGGAAGCCCCCCCUCCCCCCGGGCUCCGGCUCCGCAAGGGCGCUGCGGGGUCGUGGGGGGCUGACGCCCCUGCGGAGGGAGGCUUCUGGGCCGGCCCCCCACUGCCUGCUCUUCGGGGCGGCUGGAGGGUCAGGUGCCAGCUGGCGGGACAGCCUUGUAUUCGGGGUACCCCUGCCCGUGACGUCGUGGGCAGGCAGCGGUUUGCCGGACGGCUUAGGGGAUGCCCGGGGGUGCGGCGUCCCCCCAGCCAGCUGCGCAGGGUUGGGGUCGUCGGAGGCGCGGGGGCGCGGCGGGGGCGUGGGGAGGGGCCGCUCCCCCGGGGCCGGGCGGCCGCACCUGCGCGCGCGGCCCAAGCGCUGUCACCGGGCUCCGCGCCGCCUCUCGGGCUGCACCCCUCCCCCAGGGGGCUGUCCUCCCCGCGGUCCGCCGCCGGUCGCUGGCUGGGCCGACGGCAGCUCGCCCGCCCCCCUGCGACCCGGGAGGACCCCCAGGCCCCGCCCCCCCCCACUGCUGCUGCGGAGGCCACGGGCGCAGGCGGCGGGGCCCGGGGCUGGGGGCGGGGUCGCUCGGAGGCUGGAGGGCGGCGGCCUGUGCCCCGGGGCGCGGGGCGGGCUUGGGGGCGCCUCCACCCGCCAGAGCCAGCGGCCCGAGGGGGAGCGGGGAAAGCCCUCGAGCGCCGCCCAAAUUCUAGUUCCCAGCCGCGUGGCCUUGCGCAGCGUGACCUCGCGGAUGCUCAGUUUCCCCGAAGCUUCCCCGAGACUCCAAGACCCGGCCCGGCUGGUGCAGGUGGCCUCCGCCCAGGCCCCGCCAGCUGCCUGCGGGUGGCAGGUGCUGUUGGGCUGCACAGCCUGGACCGGACCCGCGGCUGCGAGAGGCGGCCUGGCCUGGGCGCUGGUGGGUCUGGGCUCCGGGGCCUUGGCCCCGCGCCACGUCCUCGCCUGGCCGGGCAUCUGCUCCUUCCACCCGGGGACCUACCUGCGUGCCCAUCGGCCUCCUCUAUGA